CAAUUGACAAGAAAGAAGAAUCGGCCGACGAACGGGGAACCUGUUGUUCGUAGGAGACGGAGGAAUGUAGAUACGCCGCGAACGCGAAUGCCAUCAUGAACACCAAAACAAAUCUUCAACAUGCGUCAAAUUCGUACAAUGGAGAUACUAUAGGUAGAGACAGUCCAUCAGCAUUAUUGGAUAUGCUUGCUGAAGUUGCAUCUCAAACUCUACAUUCAGAAAAGAAGCGUAUUAAUUCACUGCUAGCGUCGAAUGCAAAUCGUGUCGACUGUCAAUGCAAACCUAAAACAACUAAUAUGAAACGGAAAGAAUUAUACUUCACAGUACCUCAACUUUUAUCUAUGUCUGUUUCCCAUCUUGUUAAGCAGUUUACUAUUUUUACAAGCGACGAACUCAAAAGGCUUUAUUCUUAUACUUGUGCAUUAGUGCCUGAAUGCCAACAGAAAUAUACCAGUUUUGCUAAUGAAGUAAAGGCAAGGACAUCUAUUAAGAAUCAUUUAGAGGAACAUUUAGAAUAUUUCAAAACAGACAAAGUGGCCUAUGAUACAUUCACAGCAAGGAGUGUAAAUCACAAGAAUUUAAAAACAAAUCUACAGAAUAAGAAAAGUCGGGUGCAACAGACAAAGAAACCUCAAGAAACAUUAAAUAAGGAAAACAAAGAUGUGAUAUUGGAAAAAUCGACAAAUUAUUUACGAAAAAUACUUCUUAAUGAUAUUAAUAUUAAAGAGAUUGAGAAACAGAAAUGUUUUCAGAAGACAGAAAAUAAGGAUAUGCAUAAUCCCGAAUUAAAGAGUUCUGAGCAAAUGGAUUUUAAAGUUCUCGGCGAUCAUAGUUAUUUUGAACGUUUAGAUGAUAAAAUGUCCAAUAGGAAAGAGAUGUCAUCUCUUAAUAAUGUUCUUGAGAAUACAACAAGAGAAGAAAAUAUUGUAUUAAUGGUUGUUGGCACUGAUAGUGUACAUAUGGAAGAAUAUUCUCAUGUUAACCAGAAAUUAUCAGAAGAUGCAAAAUGUCAAAAUAAUCCUCUUUGUUCACCAGGCUUAUCGUGGUCAAACGAAAGUCUAGUCAGAAACACAGAAGUAUCUACAACAACCAAGCCAAAAGGAAAAGCCAAAUUCAUUGGCACGAGCAAGGAAGAAAGGGAAAUGGCAUUGGCGUAUAUGGAACGUAUCAAGAAGAAGGGCAAUCCUACAGGGAGCAAUCUUCAAUGUCGGAUUUGCGACCCGCCUCGUACUUUCACAGCGCCUACAACUUUGGUGUCUCAUUAUCGAAGUCAUGCUGGAAUAAAACCGUACGAAUGUCGAAUAUGUAGAGCAGUUUUUACAAGGAGACAUAGCUUGAAGUACCACAUGUUGAUUCAUCAAAAUCAAACACGUUUCACAUGCACGGAUUGCGGGAAAAAAUUCAGACAUCCAUCUCACUUCAAGGAGCAUCAGCGUAGACAUACCGGCGAAGCACCGUUCGGAUGCGAAGACUGCGGACAACGAUUUAAAACGAGAAACACUUACAAGCGUCAUUUGAAAACACGGCAUGGGAAAAUUCUUACGACCACUGGUGAACUUUUGCAUCUUCCCGAGGAAGACUUUCAAAAAAUUCGGACGAAUCGAAGAAGGAAAGAUUGCGCUGCAGAGACCACAACGAACGCUGAUUGUGUUUCGUCCAGCGCGAUCAUAAAUUUCAAUAAUCAGCACAAUGGAGCUCAAAUUAUAGAGGAGUAUGUUCUGAAAGAGAAUAUUGAUGACAUUGACAGAAAUUGGGAAACGAAAGGUACGAUACAAGUUGUUGAUAAAUGCAUUGAAAAUUUUGAGAUUUGUACAGAAUCUCAGUUGAAUAAGACUGACGGUACGGAGACUGAAAUAAAUAUAGAUUGUAAAUACUCUGAGAGAGAUGAUAGCAAUAUUAAAAUGGAUUAUAUAAACGAUGUACAAGAUGAUCUGUUACUUCUGAAAAAUUCUUUUUACGAUAAUUUAGAAGCGGCUAAUAAUGAGGAAAAUCAUGUCGCUUAUCAGCAUAAUUAUGAAGAUCAGAAAAAAGUUUACGAUUGCAGCGAAGUAACACAAUCAUAUACUGAGAUAAAUUGUAACAGUGAAACUUUGAAAGAAAGAGGAGACAAAAAUAUAACACAGCAUGAAGUAAAUAUAGAAUCCUCAAAAGAACAAGACAGUUAUCAUAAGAUACUAUACAACAAUGGUAUGCAAGAAGAACCCACGACCUAUAUGCAUUUAAAAAUAGAAGAAAUGGAAGGUACAAAUUCCAACGAAAUUGAUCAGAUAAACAAUGAAAAAUAUAACACACAAAUUAUUAUCGCACAAAACGAUACUGUUAGUGAAGGAUCCGACAAAUAUGCUAAUAAUUUCGAUAUCGAGACUGAAGGAUGUGCGAAAAACGAAAUUUAUUUGCAAUCCGCACAAAGUUCGAAUGUUAGCAUCUUACAAACAUUCAAUAAAGUUAAAGGAGAUAUUGUUUCGCAAAACCAAGAUAUAAUAUUACAGCAAGAUAGACAUGUAAGCGAGUCUGAAUCUAUUGUUACUAAAACGUUAAAUAUAGAAAAGCUGAAUGUUUCUUCGAAAGAUCCUGUUGCGGCAAACAAAGAAAUCGCAAAACAGGAAAAUAUGCAGUACUUAUAUCUCCGUACUGGAACAUUGGACGAUAUAAUUGCACAAAAUAAAUGUAUAAACAUACCUCUGCAUCAAAUAAAUUUAUAUUGCGAUCAGCACAACCAGUUGAAAGGAAAAGUAGAUAACUGCAAGCAAAUUAAAGUCUUAAACGGCGACAUACAAACAAUCAAUAUAGAGCAAUCUGAUAAACAAAAUGCAAUUUUGCUUGUAUCCAACGAUAGUUUACAGAAUGGAAUUCUACAAAUUGACAAAGGUAAUAUUACUGUCAAGAGUAUAAACAGAUAGACACUGCACAAGUGUAAGUAACAAUAAUUGUACAGUAAUAUAUUUAAAAAGAGUUUGAUUUGUUAGUUAAUAUUUAAUCACGCUAUUACAGGAUAUAUUUUAUACUAACGUAGUAAUGUUGGCAGAGGUAUAAUUGAUUAACUAAAACACAUACAAUAAUUAUUUUAACAUAUAGUGAUGCUAAAAGAUCAUGUCAAAAAAAUGUCAUGUUCUCUCACUUGUGUAAAUAUUCAAAGAAAAAAAAAAUUGAACGGUUGUCUCUGCGUUUUUUGCUAUGAAACAUAAUUAGCUAAAUUCAAGAAAACGUGAAAUAGACUAAUAAGAAUACAUCUCACACAAUAUGACGUAUUAUACAUGAGGUUAUACCUGUGAGUAACGAAAACUGAUAGUGAAAGCAUUUACUCAUUUUAUAUAUUAUGUAUGAACUUAUUUUAACAACUUUUAGAAUAUAUUACUUCGAAUUAUUAUGCGAUUAACUCAUACAUCAAUUAUUUGCAUUUAUUAUACUUUCAAAGUUUGUUUAACAAGAAAUUGUUUAAGAGUAAAAAUUGUAAAUUAUCUGUCGUUUCAUUCCUGGCAUAUUUAAAAAGUAAAUUUGUAUUUAUUAAUAGUUUCGUUUGUUUAUUAUGAAAAGUAUUCUCUUAAUUUACAUCUAUUAAUAAUCUGAAAGAUAUGGUAUUGACGUGCCAAAUCUAAGUAUAUUGCAUAUAUCAAAUGUAUAUUUUCAUUCAUAAAUCAGGAUAAUUUUUCUUUUUAUAUGAAAUUUUUCAAUUUCUUUAGCUAGAUUGUACGUGAAUAUUAUAAAUACGUUAUUAUACUUUAUCCUUAUAACAAUUAAAUUGACUUUACUUAAUUUAA